UGAAACAAGAAAACAUAACCUCAAAAUAUCUUACGCAGACGACAGUGUGUGUAUGAAAACAUACUUCAAUUUUAGUUUAUUUAAAACUUAUAUAGCCUAGUGAGUAAUGGGUAAAAAUAAACGUUCAAAUACAUCAAAAAAAGGGGAUAGGCAGAGUAAGAAAUUCAAAGUUGGUUCUAAAUCACAUAAUAUAGCAAAGAGAAAUGUGUCCAAAACAGAACAUGUAAAUAGUAAACAUAAUGUAGAUAACAGUUCUACAAAAAGUCGUAAACGAAAAAUUGACAAAAAUUUAUCUUUGCGUGAAAGGAUGAUGGAAAAAUUAAAGUCAGCAAGGUUUCGGUAUCUGAACGAGCAAUUGUAUACAGCCCAAGGCAAAGAAACAAGUGGUAUUUUCAAGAAUCAAGAAUUGUAUAAAUUCUAUCAUGAAGGAUUUAGACAACAAGUAGAGCAGUGGCCUGUGAAUCCAAUUGAUAUCAUUAUAGGAAAUCUCACAAAGAAAGCAAAAUCGAAUUCACUGUGCAUAGCAGACUUCGGCUGCGGGGAAGCGAAAUUGGCUGAAAGCCUUGAGUCGCUAGCUGAGGUGCACUCGUUCGACCUGGUGGCAGUGAAUAGCAGAGUGACGAAAUGUGACAUGUCUCAUACUCCACUGCAGUCAGCCAGUGUGGAUGUGGCCGUGUUCUGCCUGUCGCUUAUGGGAACCAACUUGUCCAGUUUCAUCGCAGAAGCUAACCGAGUUCUCAAGGAAGGUGGGAUUUUGAAAAUAGCUGAAGUGGAGAGUCGAUUUGACAAUCCCGAUCACUUCAUAGCUGCCAUUGAAAGGUUUGGAUUCAAAUCGAUCUCAAAAGAUUACUCGCACAAAGUUUUCUUCUUUUUCGACUUCAAGAAGUUGGCGAAUAUAAGCAAAAAGCGGAAAAAUAAACUACCCGAGGUUAGUCUCAAGCCGUGUUUGUACAAGAAGAGGUAAUUAUAAAUUAGUUGAUAAGUGAGAAUAAUUAUUGUAAAAAUAUAUAAUUAAUUUUGUUAAAUUCGGUAGAAGUUUUCAUUUCAAUCAGUAAUCUCCUAUUUUAUGGAUUCUGAAAGAUUAAUAUCCUGAUCCACCACUAUAAUUUGCUGUAGUCUCCAUAUAACAUUGGCGUUCAAGAAAAUUCAGUAGUCACAUGUCAAACCAGAACUCAAACUCUUCUAAUUUGAAAAAGAUAUAUUUCAGUUUUCAAAGAUAUAUGUCAAAGUUUUGUAGUUAAUCUAGAAAAUAGAAUAUACUUUAUUUUUUAUCAAUAAUCACCCAUGAUUAUUAUUAUUGAUGGCUCAAUAAUCACCCAUGACUAUUAAUGGCUUGAAUUAUUAUUAUACUCAGGCGAGGUGGAACUUCCGUCAAAGACCCCCACCAAUAAAAGCCGUAAGAGUAUUAUUAUUAACAUCAUCACUUGAAAUAAAAAACAAUGAAGCAAAUACUCUUCCAUGUAUUUCAAAUUUGUUGAUCUCCAAUCAGAGACGUAAUACCAGUACCUUAACGGUAUUUUUUUUCUCUAUGCUCCAACCUAAUCUUACCGGACUGCAGAAUACCACUCAAUGCACUCGAUGUUUUUUCUCCAAUCAAUGGACUCAGAAAAUACAUUGAGUGCACUAAUCUUUACAAUUUACAUUGACACAAGGAAUGACUAUACAGAAAAAAUCAAUUACCAAAAUGAAUAAAGGAAUAUAACUAUAUUAAUAUGAGGUAAAUCUUAAAGCAACACCUUCAAUCAAUUCAAGUUUUAACAUUAUCAAUUUUGAAAAACACAAUUUCAUUUUUGUCACAUUCACAAAUAACAUGCGUGCCCGUACUGGCAAAACUCACCAAGCGAAAAACUACAGUUUUGAGUUAAAAGGAUAAAUAUGAUUUUCGGAGAGUACCUACUACCAUGCUACAAAGAGCAAUUCCGUUUAGGUUUCAACACUUACUACAUGUAAUGAUGAAAUUUCUUAAUCACAUUUUUGCUUGAUAUUCAUUUAAAAUUAAUAACUCAAAAAAUUACUAUUUCAAUAAAAAAUUCAAUUCAAAAUCAGAAUGUCCACACUUGGUGAGUUUUGCCUGACUACCAAACAGCAAAUAUUGCUCACCAUUUCCUAAUUAAUGGCAUUACUGUGCAUUAUUAAUUUUAUGUUUGUGGAAAGCAAUACUCACCAAAGAUGGGUAGUGAAUUUAUGCUUGAAGAAGCGGUGUUCAUGAGGAUCAAAAACUCAUUAAAGAUGGUUAGAGAAUUUUGCUAGGCCAUAAUUUGAUUCCUUAACUAAAAGACUGGUGAAUUUUGCCAGACAAGAAAAAUGUGUCUAACAACUUAGUGAGAUCUGAUAAAAUGGAAAAAGAGAAAUAAUAAUGAAAUAUAUGACUUGGUGAGUUUUGCCUACACAAUUAACUAUUUUGUCAAGCCUAUUGAAAUACAUAGCCUAACUGUAAAUGAGCAAUUUUGUAGUUAGUGAGUUUUGCCAGAAUGGGGACGCAUGGAUGUGACAAUAAUGUAACUGUUUUCUAAAUAAUUAAGAAAUUCCACUAUAUCAAUUCCUAUUCAACCAAUUUUAUCAUUGUUUUAGUUUGAAAAAUUGAUGAAAUUAUGAGUCAAGAAUAAAAAAAUUGUUAAACAGGGAGAAUAUGAAAAAAAUCAAUUUACACCAAGACUCACAGAAAUUUAUUAUCAACUUUUCAUUCCAUGAAUAAUUAUUAAGUUUUGAUACAUUGUAAAAGUAUACAAUUUAUGUAAAAAUAGAGACAAAAUAUACAGAUCCUUAAUUAAGAAAGGCAGCAGAACAAUUUAGCGAUUUCAAAUAAAUUUGUAUCAUAAAAUUUUUUAAAACAUUGCCCGAUUAAAUAUUGGAAUGUGACUUAAUUACAAUAAUUUCAAUUUUAAAACUACAUCAAUAACUUUUAACUUACGUACAAACCGAAUAAGUAUUUUUUAUGCUCAUACCUUGCAGUAAUACAAACAAUUCACAAUUGUAGAUUAUUGCAAUUUUCAAUCUUAAUAUGAUAUUUUUAAAGCUAAUCAUCUAAAUAAUUAGAUACACGUUGUAUACAAUAAAUGACAAAGAAAUACUGUUGGUAUUUUCUUAUGAGCAAUGAAUUAUUGAACAUCAUAAUACUCAUACAUGCAGACAAAUAAAUUGAAUACACACACAUACUCCAACUUAAAAAAAUUACACAAUUUCUAUGCUAGAAAUGUUACACCACAACCAUUCUCUUAAAAAUGGACGGAAUAUAUGAUUUUAGUCAAUUUGAAGAAAUAAUCUAACUGACAAAAAUAAAUUUGAAAUCAGAAUACAUGAUAUGCUAUUAUUGUUUCAAUUGAUUAUUAAAAAUAUUAGUAGUUAACUACAUUAAAUUUCUAUAAAAGGCGUGAUACUAAGCGAAAGCUGUGUGUGUAGAAAUUUUUAGUUGAUAACUUAAAGGAUUACUACUUUAGUAACUACUGUAAUUCAUAAGAUUCUGAAUGUGUUUUUUAACGCUUAAAUGAUGAGAAACUUAGAAUUAGAUAUCGUCAAUUUUAUAAUACUGACGAUAUAUUUUACCAAAUAAUCGGGUGAAAAACUGUAUAAAUUCAAAACUAAAAAAUAAAAUUUUAUGAAAUAAGCGUUAGUUAUAGCUUUGAUUAUCGAUACGUUAGAUCGUACCUUAACGUAUCCAUAAUCAAAGGGAGUUAUGGAAUUAAUUAGUCAUGGAACUUGACGUAUCCAUAAUCAAAGGUGAUAGUUUCUAUCUGAAAAUAGAGUCUUAUGAGAAAAUAUCCUAUUGGAUUAUUAAUUUUUUUUAAAAAUGUCUACUAACUACAAGAAUAGUCAUUAUCAACAGGAAAUAAAUAAUAGCUUGAAAUAUUAAUUUAUCCAGGAUGAAAGUAAACCAUUUUCUGAAUGAGUCUUGUCAAAAUUAUUGUGUUUUCAAAACAAUGAAGUUGUCUAAGAAAAACAAUAAGUAAGCCUACUUAAAAUAAUGGGUGCAUUUUAUAUGGUAUUUGGUGCAUGAUUCUACAUUAUCAUAUAAUUGAUGAUGAUCUAGCAGUGAUUAUAUGACACGAUUAUGAUAGAUUAUGGCGUUCAAUUAAAUAAUGGAACAUAACCGGUAAGUAUUAAAAAAUUGAGAGACUUACUACUGGACUACUCUAUUGACAAGAUAAAAUAACUUCAAAGUCAAAUAGCUGAUAAUAACCUAUGUAAUUACACCUAGUCAAAUGAAUAUUGUACUUGCUCAUUGUCUUUUGGAAAUGAUUUUAUUUUUUUACAGAAUUUUUUUUUCAAAAUUAAUAUGUAAAAAAUACUUAAUUUGUACAGAUUUUUGUAAACUGUAUUUAAAAUACUAAGUUACGAAUUAAAUAAACCGUUUUCAAGGCAUCUUUGUGUUUUAAUGUAUGAAGGCACACAUACUAUUAUAAUUUUUCCACUGUAAAACUAUCAUAUACUAAUUGUUCAGAACAAUGGAAUUAAACCUAUUUUGAAAAAAUAAGACAAUUAUAUCAGAAAAUACACACAAGAACAAUUAAAUUCUUCCCAGAAACAGUGUAUAUAUACUAUAAAUAAUAAAUUAACUACAAAAUUCCAAUUGAGAAUAAAAAUACAAUUAUUAUAAAGUAUAUUUACAGAGGACUAGAAUGUUAAACUGUAGAUUUGGUUUGGAACUAUCAUUCAAAUUUGUAAAUAACAAAUACAUGAUACAUUUUUUGCGUUUUAACAUAUUUUCAUGUCAAAUACUUUCUACUUCUAGGUUUAAAAACUCAGAACAUUAUGUACUAAGUAUUGUGACAUUUUGUGAUUCGGUAGUACACAAUAUUACAAUAAGUAUCUCACGUUCAUUCAAGGCAUUUCAUUGGAUGGAUAUGUUUAUAAUCAGUUCGAUGCUUGUAUUGUUUAAAAUUACUUUUAGAUUGUAAUAAUUUAAAAAAUUAAAAUACUUGAAUAUCAAGAAAUAAUUAUUGAAACCCGAUGCUAAACGUACACAAGAGUUGUAUACAGUAUCAAAUUAGCUAAUAACAUCUUUUAAAUAAUUCUCAGGCUCCAAUUUUGAGUCCAAUACAAAAUAAUGCAUUCUUUAUAACUCAGUGAUAAAGGCAGAAAAUGCGUAUAUGAAUGAAAUACAUAAAUGAUAGAAUAAAUAGAGCUAACUACAAUAAAUAAGGCACAUAAAAUGCAGAUCAACUCUAACAUGUAUUUAUCUAUAAUAUAGACUAUAUUUCCUAAGUUUGCAAGAGUAAAAUUAUUUUCCGAUAAAUGUAAUUAGAUGAAAUGAUUUUCAUUUAUGAUAUGCUCAUCAAUAUUCGAUUUAGGUAUAUUGCUUAUAUACUUAUAGAUUUGGUAGCUAGCUACAUUUGGGUAUAAUUUCAUCAUAUUUUAUGUUGAAAAGUUAUUUUUAGGGGGUAUACAAUGAUAAAAAGCUUGAGGCCUAAUAAUGAUCCACGUUGUAUCAAUUUAGUGACUUGAGAUUUCUUCUUAAAAUAUUAUUUAUAGCUUAAAAUAGAGCUUGUUACUUCAGAAAAAUUAUUGCUUUCACUGCAUCUAUACACAAUCAGUUUAUUUUCACGGCAGAAAUACGACUUGAAUGCUCAUUCAUUUUCUUGAAUUCAUAUUUUUUAUAGAAUGAAAAACUCAUUUUUAAUUUUCAUUUGAGAUUACACGAAAGUCAAAAUUUAUUUUGAUGCACAGCUCUAGAGUAUCUUAAUUUAGUUUCUUACGCAUGUGCCGUGUUGUCUCUACUUUCCCCGUCUAUGAUCCGCUUUCUGCUGAGGGUAAGCCCACAUGAGCUCUAGGCUUGUGCGUGGAUAAUAAGGCUGAUGAUGGAAUGUACCUACAGUUUUAGGUGUUUAUUGCAAAACAAACCUCAAAUAGAUAGCAUAGUGAUUAACGAAUUGUGAAACAUGGGAGGGGGGUUUAAGAGAACAAAAUAUGAUCUUCUGCAAAAUUUACAUUAAAUUUGAAACUGAAAUUAUGUUUUUUACAAAGCAAAGCAGUUUAUGUAAGAGUAUUUAUUCCAAUUAUUAUUGAUUAAAUUUUGAUCAUGCAUCAACAUUCUUCCUAAAGAUGAAUAAGAGAUUUGUGCGUGGGCAAUGAGGUGCAUAACUAAUAAUGAACCUAGUUUUAGGUGAGUUCCAAGCCACUAGAAAAUAAUUUGAGAGUAGCUACUACCAGAGAUCAUAUAUAUUACUAAGUUUUCUUUUUCUCUAUGAACAACCUACAAUACGGAAAGUAAGGACAAAUAAUUUUUUUUAAGUAGAAAUUGUAAACAAAACUUGAAAAUAUUGGUAUUACAGUAUGUAUUAUAAAACACAUAAUAUAAAGUGGUCCACAUCAAACUGUCAGACUAUUCAUAUAUAGCAUUAAUGUCUUCCAUUCAAUCAAUGCUAACAUUUUGACGUGAAUCUCACUAUAGUAAUAAUUCUAGAUACUUUUAUAACCUAUUAUUUUCUCAGUAAAACGUAACAAGUACCGUACUAUUUAUUGUCUAAAAUGACUUAAUAUUUGAAGUUGAGGAAACAGAAUUUAUAGAAGAAUGUGAACCAAUUCAUUUAAUGUGAUGCUGAAUCUAGCUGAAACUACAUAUAUCAGCCUGAGUACAGGGCACGUAUUAUUGUACUAUAACAAAUAUAAAAACACCUGCAACGCUAUAUUUACAUUACUGUUGUGAUGUAGCCGAUUAUUUGUCAUGAAUUUUUACAUUCCGGGGUAUCUCGGAUUGUUCAAAAAUUUAUGACAAGUAAAAUUGGACUGGAAAAAUGUAUGCCUCUUGGCAGUCGGUGACGAGGAAGGGACCUGCAACUAUCUACAGCAGAUAAACGGGCCCGGCUCUACCCCUCUGUAUAGAGACACCAUUGUCCAGGACAGGUUAUGUGUAAGUUUUUAUCAUAAUUAUUCUAUCAACUCAUAUAAAGGAAAAAUCUUGUAUUAUAAAUUUUACUGAUAUUUUCUAUUCAAAACUUAUUUUAUCUUCUACUCUAAGUUCAAUUUUUUUAUUUCUUCAAAAAUGAAAUCUUCUGUAUAUGAUAUUUAUUAUCAAAAUUAGGGAAUAGAAUAGUUUUGGGCCAUGCCUGUUGUUCUUCUCCAAUCAUAUCAAUAUGAUUUGGAAUUGUAUUCACUAAUAAAUUAAUUAAAAAUAAAAAACAAUGAGAUAAAUUAUCUAGUUAUCCAAAUUAUUUUUUUCGUGGUGUGGAACAGAAAAUGAGACAUGACAGAUAAGCAGCUGAGAGAAAUGGGAUUUCUUUCUGAUAGAGAAUUUAAUGGCGGAGCCAUAAUCGUCGACGUAUACAAAAGAACUACUCGCAGUAUAAUUUCAAAUCUUCUUGACAUAUAUAAAUGCUCAGUAGUUGUGUACAGCGCUACUAGCUCAGGAAAAAAACACACUAUGCUGGGAUCACGAGAGAGUCCUGGAAUAAUGUAACAAACUAUGGUCGAAUUGUAAUCUCAGAUUGGAAAAGUUGAAGCCGAUAAAAAGUCAAGUGGUAGUUGAGUUUGUUGAGGUCUACAAUGAAACGUUCACAACCUCCUGAACCCAUUAGAUCUUCAAGAGAGCGUUCGAUACAAAGAGAGACCGGCUUCCACAUAGACACAAUUUUCGUCGAAAAAUUAAAACAAAAAUCGCGAGAUUUGAUACACAAAAAA